UUUAGACAGUCGCCCUGGAAAAUAGCGAAAAUUAGAAGACAGUUUUGCGAGGAAAAGGUGACCAUGUGUGGAAAUGGUGGCUUUGUGCGGAAUAGUUUGCCUUCACACCUUCCACUAUCGUGCAAAAUUUUGUCACGCAGGCUUGAAAGGAAAUAUUCAUUAUCUCAACUCACGCAACGAAAUAAUCGUUAUCGAAGACCAAGAAUAAAUAUAGUUUGAAUAAGAAAACGUCUUCAAGCCGAGAAUUUCUGAAGAUACUUCACAAUUUUGAUGGACGAAUGGUGUUGUGAUGUCGCGCCCCGUUGCGCAACCUCUGAAACUGAAAACCUUUUCAAUACACCGAUCCCUCAAGCUCCGCCCCUUCAUAGCAACGCAUAGCAACCAGGCAACCUCGGACAUUAAAUCCAAUAUGGCGGUUCCUUGCGUUACAUCGAUGAAUGCAUUACCCAAAGAUUUUGGAUUAAACUUCUUCGGAUCACGACCUCUYACGUUAAGAUCUAAGGAGAGAGGAUAUAACUAUUUCCUAAACAGUUAUGUCUUUGAUGUCAAAUUGCAAACAUCUGAAGAAAAACAUGCAUUUGUUUCAAGCAAAUGUUACCAAUCGAUGCGCAAAAAUGAAACACCACACAAACUCCAUAUGGAUAUUUCUACAGAGGAACGUCGUUUUACAGAUUGUAAUUGCGUUUGCGUGGCAGGUAUGUCUGGAACGUGUUCCCAUAUUCUUGCAUUGGUUUUCASGUUGAUACACUACCAGCAAAAAGGACUGAAGGAAGUACCGACUUCCUUGUCUUGUACUAGUUUACCCCARCAAUGGCAUAGGCCCAGAGGAACCAAAAUUAAACCCCUACCUGUCGUAAAUAUGAUCUUGGCUAAGGCAAAACGCUAUGCGACRGGGAAAAAAGGCCUGUAUUCACCAAAACAACAAAACAAAGGUAAACUGAUCAACACAAAGAUCAAAUCUUUAUUUUCGUCAGCAGUUAUAUUUACACUUAUUAUUAUUUUUGGUUAUUUUAUUCAGAUUUUAUUGCUUACCUUUGAACAUAUAUAUGUGUCCUUCAUAAUUUUCUGGAUGUUAAAAUCGCUGUGAGGCCUUCCACAAGCUUUAAUCCAACGAAGG